UCAUCUGAGCAUUACGGUAACCUAACUUCUCAUUUUAACCACGCCCCCUUCGCUAACUCUCCGUCCUGAUUGGUCCGCGAUUGUCACAUGACGAGGGAACAACGGAAGAGGAGGAAUCGGCCGCAGAAAGAAGGGAUCAGUUGCAGCCGUCAGGAUGCAGAGCACCACCAACUACCUGUGGCUCAUCUCAGACCUGCUGGGUCAGGGAGCCACAGCCAACGUUUACCGCGGCCGACACAAGAAAACCGGCGACCUGUACGCAGUCAAAGUCUUUAACAACCUGAGUUUUCUGCGGCCGCUGGACGUCCAGAUGAGAGAGUUUGAGGUUCUGAAGAAACUAAACCACAAAAACAUCGUUAAACUCUUCGCUGUGGAGGAGGAGUCCAACACUCGUCAUAAGGUCCUGGUGAUGGAGUACUGUCCCUGUGGAAGUCUGUACACAGUGUUAGAGGAGUCGUCCAACGCUUACGGACUCCCAGAGGACGAGUUCCUCAUAGUUCUUCAUGAUGUGGUGGCAGGUAUGAACCACCUGAGGGAGUACGGCAUCGUUCACCGGGACAUCAAACCGGGAAACAUCAUGAGGGUGAUCGGAGAGGACGGCUGCUCCGUCUACAAACUGACGGACUUCGGAGCCGCCAGAGAGCUGGAGGACGACGAGCAGUUUGUGUCUCUGUACGGGACCGAGGAGUAUCUGCACCCGGACAUGUACGAGCGAGCCGUGCUGAGAAAAGACCACCAGAAGAAAUACGGAGCCACGGUGGAUCUGUGGAGCAUCGGCGUCACGUUUUACCACGCCGCCACCGGCAGCCUCCCGUUCAGACCGUUCGAAGGGCCGCGCAGGAACAAAGAAGUCAUGUAUAAAAUCAUCACAGAGAAACCGUCUGGGACAAUCUCCGGUCAUCAGAAGUGUGAGAACGGGAAGAUCGAGUGGAGCACAGAGAUGCCGGUGUCCUGCAGUCUGUCCAAGGGUCUUCAGAGCCUCCUGACUCCGGUCCUCGCCAACAUCCUGGAGGCCGACCAGGAGAAAUGUUGGGGCUUCGACCAGUUCUUCGCCGAGACCAACGACAUCCUGCACAGGACCGUGGUGUACGUCUUCAGCCUGCAGCAGGCCACGCUGCACCACGUCUACAUCCACGAGUACAACACGGCGGCGCUGUUCCAGGAGCUGCUGUCCCGCAGGACCAGCAUCCCGCUUCACAACCAGGAGCUGCUGUACGAGGGCCGCCGCCUCGUCCUCGACCCCAACCGCCAGGCCAAGACUUUCCCCAAGACCUCCAGAGACAAUCCCAUCAUGCUCGUCAGCCGCGAGUCCGUCGCCACCGUCGGACUCAUCUUCGAAGACCCCAGUCCUCCUAAAGUUCAGCCCCGCUACGAUCUGGACCUGGACGCCAGCUACGCCAAGACUUUUGCAGGCGACGUUGGACAUUUAUGGAAGACCUCCGAGUCUCUGCUGGUUUAUCAGGAGCUGGUACGGAAAGGAGUUCGUGGUUUGAUUGAGCUGAUGAAGGAGGACUACAGCGAGAUUCAACACAAGAAGUCCGAGGUUUUCCACCUGUGUAACUACUGCACACAGAUACUGGAGAAGACUGAGCAGCUGUUCGAGGUGCUGAUGCAGGCCAACAUGCUGACGACGGAGUACGACGAGAUCUCAGACAUGCACAAGAAAGUUCUCAGAAUCUCCAGCUCUCUGGAGCCCAUCGAACGAACAACACAAGACAUCAAGAGUAAAUUCCUCCCCGGCGGCCUGCUGACCGACAGCUGGACACAACAAGUGGGAACGCACCCCAAGGACAGGAACGUGGAGAAAAUCAAAGUGCUGCUGGACGCCAUCACGGCCAUCUACCAACAGUUCAAGAAGGACAAAGCAGAGAGACGUCUGCCCUACAACGAGGAACAGAUCCAUAAAUUUGACAAACAGAAGUUGGUUCUUCAUGCCAGUAAAGCCCGGUCUCUGUUCACGGAGGAAUGUGCCAUGAAAUAUCGUCUCUUCAUCUCCAAGAGUGAAGAGUGGAUGAGGAAAGUUCAUCAUGUGAGGAAGCAGCUGCUCGGCCUGUCGGGUCAGCUGAUCAGCAUCGAGAAGGAGGUGACCAUGCUGAUGGAGAGAGCCAUCAAGCUGCAGGAACAGCUGCCUCAGAAGGUUCUUCCUCUGGUGUCCAGUGGAAUGAAGCCUCAGGCGUACCUGAGUCAGAACACACUGGUGGAGAUGACGCUCGGGAUGAAGAAGCUGAAGGAGGAGAUGGAGGGCGUGGUCAAAGAGCUGGCAGAGAACAACCACUUCUUAGAGAGGUUCGGGACGUUGACGCUGGACGGAGGUUUGAGAGGAUGAGCAGUUUGUACAUAUCCUGUGUCUGUACCUGUAAAUAAUGUGAGACUGUAAGAUGAAGCUUUUUUUUUUUGUAUGAACGAGCCUCCGUUUGUUAACGAACAGACUGUGACAUUAGAAACGGCUUCGCUCGGCUCGACUGUCUGGAUCUGACGCUUUAAGAUAUUUAGACCUGAUGAUCGAUGAAGGAGCUGUGACACUCUGUCAGAAUCACCUUAAAGACACUGAAUUUACCCUGAAUUUACCCUGAAAACACCUCAGUCUGAAUCAGGUGUUUGGUUGUUAAACGUCCCUUAAUUUGUCCUUAAAUUAUAUGUAUGAUACGUAAGAUUUAAGGUUUUCACAUUGAAGUUUAGAAUAUUUUCAGCUACACAUAAAUAAUACAAUUUUAAAGGAUUUUCAUCCAGUUUCAUUUACUUAACAGAUUUUGUAAGAAUUUAAUGGAAAGCAUUAAUGGACUUUCAGGAGGAUUGAAUUUGUUUUUAAAGGAUUAAAAACUCUUUAAAAUGUACAGAACAUUUCAGGUCAGUCUGUACCUUCAUUUUUUACCAUAAAGGUGCAAAUUCAUGUUUGUCCAACCUUUUGGUUUUUUAAUGGACUGAAUGAGCAUGUUUGGUUAAAUGGACCAAACAGCAUCAAGACCCUUUAGAGUUUAAAUUAAAGAGUUUUUACUCUUUGUAAACCCUUUAAAUCAUGAAGAUAAUCCAUCUCAAAUGCAUUAAUAACAUUUAAAGCAGUUUAUUUAUCCAUUAAGUUUCCACCUUAAAUGAAAGAUUACAGUCAGUUUUAGGUCCAAAUCUUAAGGGGUUUAAUAUUUCUAAUAUAUUAAUGAAUGAAUAAACCUAAUCAACAUUUACUGAAUAAAAAUCUCAAACUGCAGCUGAAAAUAUUUGAAACCUUAAUCACUCCUCAUUAAUGAAUCUGUCCGAUGUUUACAGAUUAUUCUGUGAAUUCAUUAUUCAUGUGCUGGAUGUGUUUAUUUAGGGUUUUUUAAAUGGAUUUUAAGGGACUCAGUUUUUCAAGUUAAAGGACAAAUUAAGAUUCAUCUAAACACCAAACACCUGGAUUUUUUUGGUGUUUCCCAGAGUGAAAUAAUCAGAAUGUUAAAGUCACAGUGAUUGGAUUGUCAUAACUUAAGGUCUUCUUAAUGGGUUUUCUGAACUGAUGAAUGUUAAAAGUCACAUUAUAGUUGGACCUUAAUUUAAAGGACGUUCAUUUUUCAGUUAGAUUAAAAUUCAAAGGGUUAAAACCACUAAAAACUGAACUGUGGAAAUGUAUUUUCACCUUAACUGAAAAAUGAUGAAUGAAUGUUUUUCAUGUUAUUUGGUCAACUUUAAAAGCUCUUAAACUGUUUCAGAUAAUCCUUUGAAAAAACCUUAAUAUGUCACAAACCAUUAAUUAUUCCCUUAAAGUCUCUCUUAAUUCCAUCAUGUUCAUGAUUAAACUGAGGGGAAGUGAAGGUAAAAAUUGGAGGUUUUAAAUUGAAAAAUGCUGAUUCUAUUAGAUGUUUAUUUAUUGUUCUUUUAACGCUGAUCAAUAAUCAUUAUCAGAUUUGUUCUUAUCUAUCUUUAUGCCUUUACUGUCACAUAUUCUCUCUGGACAGUAAGUCAGUGGUGAUCAGUACAAAGAAGCAGAAAAACCUCCUCCUCCUCCAGGUUCACUAUUAAAGGACAAAAAGGAUCCUCAACUUUUACUCUGAGGUUAAAGUUUUGUUUUGUUCAUGUUUUCUUUUGUCAAUAAUCAGCAUUCAAAAUGCUCAGACAGUUUGAAAAACCUGUACAUAAAUAAAGAAAUAAAUAUCUGAA